GGAUAGGCAAAAAAAAUAUUGCAUGGCCAUUGUCAUUAAGUUCGUCUGGCCUGGUUAUUAACCGACACGCAAGCUCUCACGUCCUCAUUAUGACGAAUAAGUAGAACAGCGAACAUAGUGUACCUCAGUGUGGUGUCUGUCUACUGAAGAAUGUGCCCACGUCACUUAACCAAAGUCAUAAAGGGCUUGUUCGUGUAAAAGCCGAAGAACUGCAUCAAACAGCCCUUAGGCAUACUACCUUUUUAUCACUGCAGACCUGAUGACCCGAUUGAGAAACUACCUCCCGAAUACAAAAAUAGGUCUAUAGAUAAAGAACAGAAUGAUGGGUAUGCGGCUUCCGAUAAUUUUCCUAAUGGGGAUUUACUUGUUCAGUUUAACACAAGGAUCAGGAUAUAAAAGAGUAUGCUACUACACCAACUGGUCUCAAUACAGGACAGAUGACUCCAUAAAGUACUUCCCCGCCAACAUUAAUGCCUCACUAUGCACACACAUUAUCUACGCAUUUGCCAAUAUAAGCGACGGAGGACUGAAACCGUACGAGUGGAACGACGUCCUUACCAAACCAAAUGUAGGUAUGUAUGCGAAAGUCAAUAACUUAAAGGCGAACAACCCCGACCUGAAAGUACUCCUGGCUGUAGGUGGCUGGAAAAUGGGAACAGCCCCGUUUAUUGCUGUGUCAUCUACGAGGGAAAAAAGGGAGAAGUUUAUCACGAGGACGGCACAGUUUCUACGGCAACACGACUUUGACGGACUGGACUACGACUGGGAGUUUCCUGACGCAGAUAGCAAGUCUAAAUUCACAGAUCUUCUUAAGGAAACCAACGAAAACUUCGAAUCUGAGGCCGCUGCCGCUGGUAAAAAGAAAUUGAUACUCUCAGCAGCAGUUGCAACAGGGAAAUGGGCAGUAGAGCAGGGGUAUCAAGUCGAGGAAGUCUCCAGGAACGUGGAUUUCAUCAAUCUUAUGGCAUACGAUUUCCAUGAACUUGGACCUGCUCAAGGAAAACGCCUGAUGCAGAACGCGGCGCUCUUUUCUGGCGAGGAAGACAAUGAUGUAAUGGCAACGCACAAUGUCGACUACGCCAUAAAGAUGUGGAUUAAGAAAGGAGCACAGCGAGAAAAACUGGUUCUGGGCUUGGGCGCGUAUGGUAGAAAUUUCAAAACCCUAAAUGGCAAUACCACUCCAGGAGCGCAGGCUCUCGACUAUGGCCCUGCGGGAAGGUAUACCGGUGAACCCCGCAUGUACCCAUAUUAUGAGAUUUGCGAGAACCUGAAAGAUCCAGCUUGGGAGGAACAAUGGGACGAUGAGCGAAAAGUACCAUAUGCUUUCAACACACAGGAGAACCUGUGGGUGGGAUAUGACAAUCCUAGGAGCAUCAGGGAGAAGGUAUACCUUUUAAAGACCAAUACAACAGCUUUAAUCCAUCAGUAG